AUGUGGGCGGGUGGAUACAAAAGAGUGAACAAAACGAUCAGUCGCGCGCGCAAGCAGACAACCAAGAUGCACCUUUUCGUUCAAGCCGUCGCCUUUUACUUUUCCCUAUUACUCUUUAUUCCUUCAAAUGCCCGUAAGUUCCAACUAGAGUUGUAGUGUCAAUUUUUUAAGUUUAGAAUUCUAUAGAGGAGCGUUAGAGCCGAGGUACAGUAGGAAAACACCGUUCCGGCAGCAGACUGAAAUUCCCGAGCCUGUAUUUGGCAUCGGACACGGAGCGAGAAGGUAUGUGGUUUGGCGGGGAAUUAAUUUGAAACAAGUGUUUAAAAAAAUGUACGUAACGAACUUCAAAUAAGAUAGUGUUCAAGCAACGAACAUUUAUUUAGAGAUGUAAACCAAUUUUAUAUUAUCCGUCGUUGACAGCGUUGGCCGUGGCCGCUAAUUUCAUGAAUUCGUGACAGGAUAUGCCCGAUUUGGCAAAUGUUUUCUCAUACCGGUACUCCAACUGGUUUCAGAUUCAAUAGGGACAAAUCAAGAGAAGAUUCACCUUCCCUGAGCCCUUUUUUUGGACAACGAAGAGAACCAGAAAGACGAAAUUCUGGAAGGGCGGAUGGACGAGACUACGAGGAGAAUGGUGACGAAUUCGGGAGACGGCCACCACACGAAUUCGGAAGACAUGAGGAUGAUGAAGAGCAGGAAGAAGGAAGAUUCGAACCGGGGAGAGGAAACGAGUUCAAAAGGCCGAAACUGCCAGAUUCUUCGGAGGUCAGAGACAUAUUCGAUGCAGAGAGGGAGCGAGGAGGGAGGAAAGAGGAACCACCGAAAAGAAGAGCCGAAGAUCAUGAAAAUGAAGAAAUGGACGAUAAGGAAGAGGAGGAAGCGGAUGAAAGGAAGGAGAGACCGAGAAAUGAAGAAAAUGAAGAGGAGGACAGUCAUCGCGGGCACCACAGGGAUCACGAAGAGCCAGAAGAGCAAGAGACUGAGACUGUUGCCGAGACACCUUCGAAAGUGGUCGGUUUGAAUAUGCAGAUGGUCGCAGGAGUCUAUCCCAAGGAGAAGAAGGGCCCAGAAGUGGAAGACGUCGAGAAACGAGGCGGACGAUUUGUGGAAAAGCCAGAUGAACGGGAGCGAAACAAGUUUUUUCGGAGUGAGGACCAACAAGAAAAAAGGCAUCAAGAGUCAAGAGAUCGACCAGCAGCUCGAGGAGAUUCUCGUGAAGUUGAGAAAAGAGGCCAAGGAAAGGAGCGGGGUGACAGAAGACGAGGCAGCGAAGAGUCUGAGCAACCUAACAAACCAACCCCAAACAUUAGCCGAGAAAGAAGUAGAGAAGAUCAAGAAGAAGGAGAAGAUGGUAGAGGAAAAGGAAAAUCUCAGCAACCUCAACUUCAACAGCAGCAGCAGCAGCAGACUCCACCACCUCCCAACCCCCAAGUCCCUCCGUUCCCUCCUUUCCCCAAAUUCCCAGGUUUGACACAAAUUUCUCCGAUGACCUCAAUUCAAAAUUUUCAGGAUUUGGCGGCUUCCAGCCUUUCCAACCUGACUACCCAACUCGACCAUUCGGUGGUAAUGGCGGUUUUGCGAGUGGUCCUUGGAAUCAACCUUCAGGAGCUGCCGGACGCGAAGGAGCGCCUCGAGAAGACGCUGACUCGGGUGAAGAGCGAUCUGGCGAGGACCGACGACGUGUUCACCAACCGCACCCAACUGCUUCUCCAUCCGAGCAUCCGAGUUCCCAUGAUGAGUCUGCCGAACGGGGAAAUUCCGGCUCCCGUCGCGGCGAGGGUGAUGAGAGAAAACGAGGAGGAGGAAGAGAAGAAGAUCAAGGGCAUGGAGAAGAAAAAGAUUAUGAAAAGCCACGUGGCAAAGGAAAAUAUCAUUCUAGAGAGGAAGUAGAAGUAAAUGAAAAACCAAAAGAAACAUAUGAAGGACCUAAAGUUGAAGAUGAAGUGAAAAGUUCGGAGAAAGAAGUGACAGCGACCCCACGAAAGGAAUUCCCAACUCCAGGACGCUUUGUCACCAACAUUCGUGCCCAGAGAUCUGGAGAAAUUCCAGAUGCCAUCUUCACGACCACGGAACCAUCUAUGAUUUUGACUUCAACCUCAACCUCUACUACUACAACCACCGAAAUGCCCGCUACAGCGUCGUCUGGAAUCUUCCUUCCCACUGA